CUCUCUCUCUGUGCGGGGGGCGUGGCGGAGCGCGAGAGCAGGCGAGCUGCUGCUCAUCCAGCGGCAACAAAGUAAAAAUGUGAAAAGAAAAAAGAAAAGAAAAGAAAAAGAGAAGAGAAGAUUUCCAGCCGUUUAACGUCUACAGAGAGUCAGCAGCCACUUCAAUGAACUGCACCAGGAUUCUCCAUAUCUUGAACCCUCAGCCUGGGGUGCCGUCUCCCAUCAUGCCAGUCGAUAUGGCAAUGAGAAUCUGCCUGGCUAGCUCACCGCCUCUGCACUCUUUCCUCGGUAACUAUGACAACCACUGUGCUUCCCCGUCCACUGCGUUGCUGCCACGCUGUGAACCGCUGCGACCCUGCCUCGCCUCCGGACACUGUGCCGAGUCCUCUGAUGGCAGCAGCAACAGUGCCACCGCCACCGCGACCAUGACCAUGACUACGACCACAUCUGUAGCAGCCGCCGGUAGCCGGGUGUGGCCUGGGAGGAAGAAGAAGAGCGUGGUGUUUGCAGACUCGCGGGGCCUCGCGCUGACCGCAGUACAUGUCUUCAAUGAGGCGGAGGACGACCUGCUGGCUGAGCUGCAGUUCCUGGCUGACCUAGAGGGCGCCACAGCCACACUCAGGCUUGGAGAUUAUGAAGGUCCUGCGGAGCGAGGCUCUGCUCUGGUUCUGGACUUUACCCAGCCGGCUGCAGACUAUCUGGACCUGAGGAACCGACUCAAAGCUCAGCAGGUCUGCUUGGAGAGCUGUUCUGUCCAGGAGCACUCGCUAUCUGGCACUGUCCAGGUCCGAAACAUCGGCUUUGAGAAAUCUGUCGCAGUCCGGAUCACCUUCGACUCAUGGCGCUCCUUCCAGGACGUUCCAUGUCGGUAUUUGAACAACGUCUAUGGCUGUCCAGACAUAGACACCUUCUCCUUCUCCAUCCCGGUCCCGGAGGCCCUGCAGCCAUCUGAGCGGGUGGAGUUCUGCCUUCAGUACCAGGCUCAGGACCAGACCUUCUGGGACAACAACCACGGGAACAACUACCGGCUGCUGGCAUCAGAGCUGGACGGCAACGUGACCCGGGGCGCCGACAGAAGCACAGGGCUGGACAUCCCGAGAGAGAAAGGAGGAGAUGGCAGGUCGGAGGUGGAGUUUGAUCCAUUUGGAAGCCCAAGGACAUCGGCUGGGAUAUUCCCCGAGUGGCAGAGCUGGGGGCGCAUAGAGAACACCACUCCCUACUGGUGAGGAUGCCACAGGACAUUUUCCAUGUCUCAGUCACUCUAUUUUGUUUUACUGAAAUGAAUGAACCAGAACAACCACAGAUGGAAAGAAAACAAUUGUAAAUCUUUGUAAAAGAUUCACUGGAUCUUCAUAGAAGCGAUGUAAAGUCAGUGCUUUACCCUCUGGAUUUUGUAAGAUGUGGUGGCUGGAUUCACUGUGGGAUUCUUACACCUCUUUACAGCAACAAACCUAACUCACGUCAGUGAACAGCUGGUCUCAGGACAGCAGGCUUCAAAAUAUUCCAGCAAAUGUUUAACAGACAUCAUGGGAGCUUCUUUAAAAAUAUAUAAAGAUUCAUAAGAACAACCCAACAAGUCAUUAAGGUCUCAAAAGGCCUCUAAUUUGCAAAUGCGACAAUUGUUGCCGGAGACCAUUUUUGCACUAAAAGUGCUGAGUAGCACACAAAAAGAGAUUCACAAAGACCUAAAAAGGAUUUAUAAGGGCUUUCUAAAAGCAUCCAAAGGAAUCACUGAACUUCAUAAUUCUCCAUAAUUCUUCCACAAGGACCAAAAAGACUCUGUGAACCUGCCGAGGAUUCAUUAGGUCUUCAAGGCCUUGUGUUCAGCUCCACGAGGCUUUAGAAGACCUCAGACAGCUUAAGACAGAUUCAUGAGACUUCCCAAGGAUGUUUAGUCACUUACACAUUGCUGUGAUGUGUUUUUAUGACGUCACAGAGAAUUUUCAUAAGGAUUCAAAGGCUCCUUAUUUAUAGCAAGACCAGCCAACAUGACAUGCAUCCAAAGGAUUUAAUGAGCCUCACACUCCACCAGCUGAAGCUACGUCCACAAGACACGAUUUCUUUGAAAACACAAAUUUUUCUUUCCAUUUCCACCUUCUGUCCACAUGAAAAUUGCAUUUUUGCUCACAGAAAAUUCAACUCUGGGAAAAAUGUCUCCAGAGUGGAGUGUUUUCUUCUUCUGUGGUGUAGCCUUUGAACAGGAAGCAGUUUGAUAAAUGUGACGUCUUCUUUGCUUCCUGCUCCCAGCAAGACGCCAACCUCAGACUCUGAUCCUGCACUUCUUUUCAACAACGUCGACUCGUGUGACUUUGAGGAGGAGCUCCACCUCCUUCUCUGUCCAUAUGAACCGCUCAGCCUCGUGUCCAUCAGCCCACCUCAUGUUCCCUGAAGGUGUGGACGUUGUUUAGACGUUUGGAGGUGGACUGGCUCUUGCAUUUGUAGCAACAAACUGAUGUUCUGCGCACGCCCUCGUCCACGGGACGGAUGAGUUUCUGUGUUCCUGUGUGGACAGAGAGAUUUUCAGAAAUCAUCAGACCUGGAAGGAGUUAUUCAAAAAAUAGGCAAAAGGAUGAGUAAAGUUGUGUUUUCAGAAAAAUCUAUAUUCAUGUGGACAUGGCAGGAGCAUCCGUGUCCUGAUUUUGAAAAACUGUGUGAAGAUGCUGGAGAGAAGGAGGAUUCACAGACUCCACAUCUGUUUCAAUGAUGUGGAGUUCUCCAGUUCUUCAAGAUGGCAUUUCCUGCACUUUCUCCUUAUUUCCUUCUUUCUUCCUGAACACAUAUCCCCUCCCUUCCGCUUGGAUUAUUGACUCUGCACAAAGAGUUCACCUUCAGGAUGUGCAAGUCUCAAAACAGCUCAGCACCUAGACAGAAAGGCUUACUGUACCAGCCGAAAACACUGUGUUCAAAAGAUUUAAGAAGCCUCAAAUGAGCCUCUUUCUACCCUAAAACAAUAGGGUCUCAAAAAAAGUGUUAUAGACAGAAAAUUUUACUUUAUAAAUUUGUGCUGUCGACUAAAAAAAAAAACAGGAAAACACUUCAGACUUUAAAAGUGAAAAGUGUUGCUGCCCUUUCCUUCGUGUUGAACCUCGAUGCCUUCAGCUCGGAGCUCAGUUCACCUUGAGUUCAGCAAACCAGGACCUUCUCAAAUCACAUUCAUCUGCUCAGUGUUCUAACGGGAACACAUUUGUGUGGCAUUUACAUUCCACAUGAGUCACUAGGCUCAUUCCAGAGAGACUGACGAUGACAGCAUGAAACACAAAACCCUUAACAUGGCCUUAGUUUUACCUUAAAAUUCCCCUGAACGCACACUCCACUCCUUAAUGAGUUCCUCAUUUCUGGGAGAAAAUCAAAAUUCAUUUUUUGUUUAAUCCAUGCUCAAAUCCCCUCAGUUUUUUCAUCCAGUGACCUCUUAAAAAAUAAAACCCUGAAUUUUAAAAUGCCAAUGAAGGUUUAUAUUCAAUAACAAAUUAAUUAAUUAUUCAUUAUUGAUAAUUUAAGGAGAAUCGACUGAACUCAAAGUGAACUGAGCCCAUCCCUGUCUCGUGGCAUGAGACCCAGAAACUAAACAGACCUGAACCUGCACUUUAGUCCGUGUUGUCCCAGGAGCGCCACCAUGUGGUGUCACUGCAGCUGCUCGAGGAAGUUUCAACCCUGAUGUCACUUUAUAUGCAGGUUAUAACGCACCACCGCAGCUUUAGUUGUUGUAUUAGGAUGGUGAGUUUCUGUUUGCGGGUCAGAGCCCCAACAUUGUGGUUGUCAGUCCUUCCUGUCACCUCGCAGAUUCUGUUUCCUCAGACUGAUGUCGUCUGGCAUGCAGAAAUUAAACCAGAAAACAAGAAAACAGCCUUGCAGACACAAUGAAUCUUCCUUUAAGUCCCAGUUCAUUACCACUGAAUUUGAAUAUAAUAUAUAUAUAUUUAUAUAUAAGAUUGGACUGGAACUGUUGAAAUUCCAGGAGUUUCUUCCACCAGCAGCAACUUGAUAAAAACUGUCCGGCCCGGCAGUGUGUUUGUUUUCAUCCGGCUGGGUUUCACCUCCACGAUCGAUGAGUCUUGUUGUUUUUUCUGCGAUCUUCUGCUGUCGGGAGGAUUUGAUCAUCAGCCUGCUGAUUGGUCGCUCUGCUCUGACUGUUUGUUUGUGGGCAGGACCAGAGGCUAUUGUUACGUCUGCAGCUGCAGAGAUUUUAACAUUCAAAUAUUGUGUUUUUUAAUGCUUUGGUAUUUUCCUUUAACACCGUUGUGUUGGUUUAAUGAGCUAACAGUGAGCAGACAGUAGUGUUGGUUCCCCUCAGCAGCAGCAGUGGACCAGCUCUUGUCCAAGUGUCUUCAUAAAGUUGCAGAGACAUGGGAGGCUCUGAUUGGCUGGCUGCUUCUCCUCUUGGUCAUGACAUCACCGCUGCGGUCCAUUCAGAGAGAGAGGGUUCCCCGCUGAGAUUUUCAGGAACACUUUACAAUAACCGUCAUUAAUAAAUGGUAAAUUGGUAGCUAUUAAACUUUAAUUAAUGGUUUUAUUUACAGUUAACAUGAAAUGAUAAUUAAUGUUGACUUAUUACAUAGUAAAUGAUGUAUUAACAGUUUAUUCUUGCACAGAUUAUAACAUUUUAUUUAUUUGUUUAUGAUUAUGUAAUGAUUUGUAAACCUUUAAGAAAUCAUUUUGUUGAUUGUUUUGUGAACUUUGUUUAUGGGUAAAAAUUGGUUUGUAAACAAUCUAUAAACAUAACUUUGACAGAUGUUAUGAAGUUGAAUCUAAAGUCCAUAAUAAUGAAGCAGCAGGCGGUGAGUCAGACGUUUGAAGCUGCAGCAGCGUCACUAAAGAUGUUCAGCUUCCUGAAGGCCAUCCAAGUAAUGUUUCAAGUUUCACUGCAUGAACGUUCACUGUCAACCUCUGACGGCCUCAGACUCACCGCUGGCAGCUUUAUUAACUAACUCAUUACCAUAAUCAUCACUUACAACUUCAUAAUAUCUGUCAAAAUAAUGUUUAUAGUUGCUUUACAAGCCAGUUAUUACACAUUAACAAAGUGUUAUCAAAUAUCUGCCAUGUGAUGUUUGUUGAUUUCUUCAAGGUUUAGAAAUCAUUAUGUAAUCAUUAACAAAUACUGAAUAUAGUAAAUAACAUGUUGAAAUGUGUGCUGCAAUAAACUGUUGAAUAGUUUACUAUGUAAAAAGUAGAUAAAUAUUAUCAUUUCAUUGUUAAGAGUAAAUAAGUAUUAACUUAAGUUUAAUUAACUAUCAAUUUAGCAUUUAUUAAUGAUCAUUAUGAUAAAGGGUCAAAAAAUUUUCACUUUUCAAACGUCCCAGAAGCUCCACGCCAAAUGUAAACAAACACCAUGGCUGACCGUGAAACACUUUGUUUUUUUUUGUUCUGCAGCAGGUGCACAGCGAGAACCGUGGAACCUUCUCGUAAACUAACAGCGUCUGGCGGCGGCCACAAAAGCCCCGCCCACAGUUUGGCGUGAUGAAGGUUAGGGUGAUGAUGAGGAGGGCGGCUGCUCUGCACACGGAGGUAAAUGUUCUCACAUUCUUCUGCACCUGAAGUGAAGAAGUUGCUGUAGAGAGGACGACUCGGCGUGCACUCGUAGGUUUUGGGUCAAGUCUGUCUGCGGCUGCAUGUGAGAGGAACCCUCGCUGGGUGGAGAACCCUUUAGAACGCUGCAUGGCUUAAAACCUCCCACACCAGUCCUGCAACUACAGAAACAAAACCAUGAAACUAAUAAUCCAGUUUUUCCAACAUUUGAAAAGCUCCUGAAUGGAGUCUGCUUCAGUGAAGGCAAUGAGGCUGGAAGUGUGUGUGUGUGUGUGUGUGUUGUAGAGGUGUGUGUCCUGCUGGCACACACACACACACACACACACACACACUCUGCACACUGUGCACCAUGCCUCGGGCACAGCGCCUCUCACCAUGUUGACCUGGAGAUGAUGAAGGACGAUGUUUUGUUUUGGGUUCACUUUCUUCUUCUCCAGCUUCCAAACGAGUGGAAUUAUUUGCGGCGUCAUUUUGGAAGCCAGGGCGGCUGGGAGGAGCGAGGGUUUGACUCGAUUAUGAUGUUUACAGUUUGGCGGUGACCCUAAAUAUGGAAGGCAAAUGAUACCAGGGCAGAGCAGCAGCUGCAGACGCUUCCUGCCUCAGCGCUUCGCUCAAACCUCUGACCAGGAAGUCCUGUGUGUGUGUGUGUGUGUGUGUGUGUGUGUGUGUGUGUGUGUGUGUGUGUGUGUGUUUGCCUCGUUCAUGUCAUGCAGGAAGAAGUGAAAGAGGACGAUGUCUCUUUGCUCUGAAAAUGUUCUGUCCCUCUGCUGGUUUGAUGCAGUAGACGUGCUGCUGGUGUCUUCCUGCCUCCAGGUGCUUUGGGUUUGGGAGUCUGAUGGGACCAAACUGGUUUGAACCGGUCGGCCCGGCGGUGUUGGGAGUCUGAUGGGACCAAACUGGUUUGAACCGGUCGGCCCGGCGGUGUUGGGAGUCUGAUGGGACCAAACUGGUUUGAACCGGUCGGCCCGGCGGUGUUGGGAGUCUGAUGGGACCAAACUGGUUUGAACCGGUCGGCCCGGCGGUGUUGUUGCCCUGAGGCAUUUUGUUGCAGUGAAUAUUCCCACGGGACAUGAACGCAGCAUCAUCAACAAACUGAGCAGAUGUUAGCUUCAUGCUAACAGGGAGGGACCGUCAGCUGCUGUAGCCAAGUGGCUGUUAGCUUGUGGCUAACACCAACCGUUGCUUUCAUUAGGAAUGCUAACAAUGCUAAGAACCCCACCGCAGGAAAAUAACAGUAAAACUCCUCGUCUCGGUUUAGCUCUGAGGCACAGCUUUUCCUUUUUAAUAGUGGUGAAGAUAAAUCUUGUUGUCAUGGUUACUGAUGCAGGCGGAGUCGAGAGAACCCGCGACCCGCACUUCCUGUUUGCUCCUGUAGCCGCCGCGGUUUAAAACGCCUUUUCUUCCAGUGCUCUUACCUAACUGUGCUAGCUGCUACUGCUGUGUGUGUGUGUGUGUGUAUGUGUGUAUGUGUGUGUGUGUGUGUGUGUAAAUAAACUCCUAUGCAGUGAACCAGAUGGAAGUGAUGAGCCUGUGGAGAGUUUGGCUGCUAGCCUGUUAGCAUCACAGCUAAUCAUUCUGCUAAGCCCCGCCCCCUGCAUGCACCUGUUCAGGUGCAAAACAUCAGAUUUCCUGCAGAGUUAGCGGCACUCGAACGCCUCUCAAAUUCACAAACACAAGCAGACAAAGAACUCUGGAAAUGAGUUCCCAGCAGCCAACAUCUGCUCCUCCUGUUGCCAUGGUAACCUGAUAUUAGCAGGAAGUACAAGCCUCUGACACUUGAAAACAUCAGCUGUUUCCAUGGCAACAGCCUCGGCAGGACGGUGGAGCCAACAUGGCGGACCGGCCAAACUCUCCAUCAGCGGCUCUGUGGGUUUGUAUUUUUGGGGGCGGAGUCAAGUUAACGAGAGAAUGUGACAGGAAGUGAUGGACGGAAUCUGAGACCUUCGUUUGUUUGUUUGUUUGUUUGUUUGUUUGUUUCCUGGGAAACCACAAACGGUUGGUGUCUCAGUAAGUUUGCCAGAAGGUCUCGGUGGGCGGGGCUUUGCUCUGUGCUCAGGAGUUAGCAUCAGGAGUUAGCAUCAGGAGUUAGCAUGCUAAGCAGCAGAGAAAUCAGAACUGAUUCACUUUAAUGUUUUCUUCAUCUAGAAGUGCUAACAGUGCUAAUGCUGCUAAUGCGGCUAACGCAGCAAACGCAGUGUCAAACUGCCUUUUAAAGAAAAGUCUUUACUUCUCUGAGGAAGUGAACGACACUAAAGUCAGUCAUGUUAGCAGGGCUAGGCUAAUGACAGGCUAGCUGCUAGCAUGCUAACACCUUGGAGCAGAGCAGGGCGUCCUCCUGCCUGGCUGCUAGCUGCUUGGUUAGCCUGAGUUAGCCGGUGCUAACUCAGCGUCAGCUAACCCGGCUAGCUUGUUAGCUGCUGUGCGUUAGCUGCUGUAACCUAGCAACGCUGCAGUCUGAAGUGCAAUGUAACAAUGCUCUACUGAAACAGGAAGUGAUGUAAACAGGAAGUUGAAUGUACAAGUUGACAGAUGGAAUAUUUUUGUAAUUCUGGUUGACAGUCUGACUGUUCCUUUGUUUCUCCUUUCAGAAUAAAAGUCUAAUGUUGCUAGUGUCAACAG